AUUACCUCAAAUGUCUUAAGUUGAGGAAGAAGAUCAAAGACUGUUUUCCGACGACUCAAUCCAAGAAGAAGAUGAGGAUGAAAAUUAAAAAUUGGAUAAUGAUGACAUUUGGAAAGUACUUCAUAUGUUUUUUUAAACUCACGGAUUAGUGUCUUAGCAAAUUAAUUCGUAUGAAAGCUUUGUAGAAAAUAUCAUUAAGUAUGUAAGAGGCCAUGAAGGAACUUUUGUGGUAAGAGUGAAGCCUUAAUAUAAAGAGGAGGAAAGAAUGGAUGGUAUUAAAAAUACUUAUUUUUUAGCAUAAACUGAAUACCUAUAUUAAUUCUAGAUAUAAAGAUGCUUUAUGGGGAAGAAGAAUAUCCACAUUGACAAAUUCGAGGAGGAAAUAUUUCCAAUGAUUGCAAGAUUAAGAGAUUUGACCUAUUCAAGAUAGCUAAAAAUCGACUUGGAAGUUACCAUGUAGUAGAGAAAUAAACGCGAUGGUUCAAUAGAAGAAAAGAGCAAGUAAACAUUCAAAGGAUUGCCAUUCUUUAAACUCCCAAUUAUGGUUCGAAGUCGAUUUUGUUCUUUACCAAAAGAUCCUAAGGACCCUGAAUAAAUUUAAUAAAGAAUUUAAAGUGGUGAAUGCGGAUUUGAUUAAGGCGGAUACUUUAUUUUAAGAGGAUCAGAGAAGGUCAUAGUGGCUUAGGAGAGAAUAGCUAAUAAUGUUGUUUUGGUGUUUAAAAGUAAAAUAGUAAAUAAGCCGUGGGUGGCAGAAAUAAGAUCUCAGCCAGAUUUAUGGUCAAAUCCCAAUAAUUUCAAAGUUGAGCUGAGAUACAUCUAAAAUACUCCUGUUAUAAGAUGCAGCGUGAAAUAAUUUAAUUCCACAUAAGGAAUACCUUUGUUCACUCUUUUUAGAGCUUUGGGGAUUAGUAGUGAUUAGGAGAUUUUAGAAAGAAUAGUGUACAAUUUAGAAGAUGAAUAAAUGGGGCCUAUGUUAGAAAUGCUAUACGGGUCAUUAUAAGAAGGAGGUGAAUAUGAAGAUGAGGAAUUGUGCUUGAGAUGGAUAGGAAAUAAAAUAAAGAAGGCUGAAAAUCAAGAUCCAGAAACUUUAAUAUAAGAAGCAAAGAAAUUAAUAAAUAAAAAUAUUUUACCUCAUAUUGGUGUGUCAUCUGAAAGUAGAGACAGAAAAGCAUAUUUCAUUGGAUAUAUCGUACAUCGAUUAUUGAAUGCUUCCUUAGGAAAAACAGAUUAAGAUGAUAGAGAUCAUUAUGGUAAAAAGAGAUUAGAUAUGGCCGGUGCUAUGAUGAUGGGAGUUUUUAAGACUUCUUUCGAAUCUUUUAAAUAAAAUGCUAAAAAAGCCCUAGAAAAGUACAUAAAUGGAGGCAGGAGAGGCAAAGGUCAAUAAACAAGAAUAGAGAAUAUGAGACAACCAGAUGAUAUCAAAUCAUUUUUUGAUGGGGAGCAAAUAUCAAAAGAUAUAGAUAAUGCGCUAGCCACGGGUAAUUGGGGUAGAAGCAAAGAAGGAUAAGUAGUAAAAACAGGUGUUGCUUAAACCUUAAAAAGAGAAACAUCCUUAUUCGCAACUCUAAGCCAUUUAAGAAGAAUGAAUGCUCCAAUAAAUCCGCAAAUGAAAUUGAGUAAGCCGAGAUAACUUCAUAAUACUCAUUUUGGUUUUAUUUGCCCUGCUGAAACACCUGAAGGAUAAAAAAUUGGUAUUGUCAAAAACUUAUCAUUAAUGACAGCUGUUUCAAAUGAUUUAUAACAAAAAGACAAAGAAACAUUAUUGAAAUUAAUAAUGGUUUUGAAAUAAGAUGUUUUUGAUUUUCAAUUAUUGCAAGGAGAUUUUUAGGCUCAAGAUAUUCCUAAAAUGACCAAAGUAUUAGUGGAUGGUAAUUGGAUUGGAUUUACAAGAAACCCAGAAUAAUUUAUUUAAGAAUUUAAAAAUUUAAGAUCAGCAGAAGAAAGCUUUAUCCCUAUUGAAGUAUCAAUUAAUUUCGAUUAUGUAAAUAAAGAAAUCAGAAUCUAUACAGACGCUGGAAGAUGUAUGAGGCCAUUAUUUAUUGUUUAAGAUAAUAAAUUAAAAUUAAAGAAAAAUUAACUUAACUCAUUUACAGAUUGGGAAUAAUUGCUGUAAAAUAAAUGUGUUGAAUUACUGGAUGUUGAGGAAGAGGAAGGAUCUUUAAUUGCAAUGGAUCUUAACAUAAUGACAAGAGGAACUUAAAAUUUUAAGAGAUAUACACAUUGUGAAAUUCAUCCAUGUAUGAUGUUUGGAGUUUGCGCUUCUGUUAUUCCAUUUGCCAAUCAUAAUCAAGGACCUAGAAAUACUUUACAAAGUGCCAUGGGUAAACAAGCUAUGGGGUUAAAUUCAACUAAUUUUAAUAUUAGAUUUGACACUUUGGUUCAUAUUCUGCAUUAUCCUUAAAAGCCAUUAGCAUCCUCAAAGGCAGUUGAUUUCAUCACAGUAAAUGAAGUACCUAUAGGAAUUAACUGUGUAACAUCAAUAGCUUGUUUUACAGGAUAUAAUUAAGAAGAUUCUAUUAUUAUUAAUUAAUAUGCUAUAGAUAGAGGAUUCUUUAGAUCAGUCUUUUAUAGAACUUAUAAAGAAUCUGAGGACAAAGACCCUGACAAUUUCACAGAGACAAAAAUUACAAAACCACUUGGGGACAAUUACGCAGGCAAACUUUUUAUUAAGUUGGACAGUGAUGGAAUUGUGCCCCCAGGAACUAAGGUAGAUGAAGAAGAGCCAAUUAUUGGAAAAGAAUUAAUUAUUGAUAAUAUCAUGUUGAAUGCUGCUAAUGGACAAAAAAAUACAAAAGAAUGCUCAUUACUAACAAGAAGAGCAGAAAGAGGAGUAGUCGACUCAGUGUUAAUCAGUGAAAACUAAAAGGGAUAUAAGUUAGUGAAAGUAAAAGUUAGAUCAUUGAGAAUCCCUUAAAUUGGAGAUAAGUUUUGCAGUAGGCAUGGAUAAAAAGGAACAUGCGGAAUGACUUAUAGACAAGAAGAUUUACCAUUCACUCUUUUGGGUAUAUCCCCUGAUUUAACGAUUAAUCCACAUUGUAUUCCAUCAAGAAUGACUAUUGGUAUAAUUAUUUUUUUUAAUAAAAUUAGGACAUCUAAUUGAAUGUUUAUCAUCCAAAUUAGCAUCAAUCAAAGGGCAGUUUAAUGAUGCCACUCCAUUUGCAUAAAUUUCAGUUAAUGAUAUAGCAAAUAAAUUACAUGAGGUAGGAUGGUAAAAAUGGGGUAAUGAAGUAAUGACUAACCCUUAUUCUGGCAAUAUGUUUUAAAUUCCAAUAUUUGUUGGUCCAACAUACUAUUAAAGAUUGAGACAUUUAGUGGAUGACAAAAUGUACGCUCGUUCUAGAGGACCUGUUACAGGAAUUACAAGACAACCUACCCAUGGUAGAAGUCGAAAGGGAGGUUUGAGAUUUGGAGAAAUGGAAAGGGACUGCAUCAUUUCACAUGGUAUAAUAUUUAAAUAUUGCUUAGGAACUGCUAAAUUUUUAAAAGAGAGAACUUAUGAUGUAUCAGAUGCAUUCAGAGUACAUGUAUGCUCAAAAUGUGGAUUAUUUGCAGUUGCUAAUUUAGAGAAUCAAGAGUUUUAUUGUAACAUUUGUAAGAAUACAAAUCAACAAAAUUAAAUUUAUUAAGUCUUAAUGCCAUAUGCAGCAAAGACAUUAAUUUAGGAAUUAAUUUCAAUGAAUAUUGCUCCUAGACUGAAAUUUGAUUAGUCAAAAUUAAGACAUGAAAUUUGAGAUAUUAUUUGAUAAAUUUAGAGAUAUUAUCAUAUAUACA